AUGGCCGACAGAGUCGACAACGAGCUCCUGGAGUUGAUGAUGGACGCCCAGCGCGUCCACGACCAGGCCGCGGCGGGCCAGUACGUCGACUACGAGGUUGAGCACACCUCGAGCCGCGACUCCGACACGGCGGUCGGCUCCAUGGCCGCCUCAGCCAUGGGGCAACAACAGCAGCAGCAGCAAAAGGAGGCAGAGGGAUCGGGAGAAGAGACCAGCUCAGACAACGACGAGUGGCUCAAGUCGUGGAAGGUGACGAGCCCCCUUCGGCGAAGAAACGCCUUCCGCGGCGUCUCGAGAUGGCGCAAGGCCCUCGACUUGGACGCGGCGACGAUCCGCCAGUCCGAGUUCUGCGGAACCGUGACGGUCCAGCGGUCGCUCGACGCCGUCCCGUUCGCGCAGAGCAACAGCAACAGCAGACGGGCCGCGGACCCGCUCGCCUUCUGGACCGACGUCUGCGCAGAAGGCUACCGGCUGCGACCGGCCGGGUACGCCGUCUCCUACCGGGGCGUAGACGGCGGCAAGUGGAAGUACAACGUGGUCCGGACGGAGGGGAAGAAGAAGGAGCACCUGGAGACACUGGCCAUCCGGUCGGCACUCCAGACGGCACUCGAGGAGGUCGGGGAGGCGACCUCGGCGGCACGACAAGCCCCCUCGCUGGUGAGAGUCUUCUCGGACUCUACCCCGGUGCUGCGGCGCCUCUGCCGCAUGCAGGGGCCUUUGUUCCUCACCAUGUCCAUGGAGGCGGAGGAGGUCAUCGAGGCUACCCGGGAUAUCUUGAACCUGGCGUGGAGCCUGAAGGGGCGGGGAGUGCGCCUCGAGCUCCACUGGGUGCCCCGGGGCAAGGUGGACGGAAGCCGGCUGGCCGACAACAAGGCCAGGUACACGGAUGAGGAGGUUGUCACCGGGCAGGCGUGA